GACAGGAGACCUCGUGUUUGCCGUGUAAAGUUUCCGAGAGAUCGGGUCUUGCUGCGCCAUGGCCGAGGGGGGAAACGGUCUGGGCCAGGCGGCGGAGGCAAUGGUGACGACGACGCUUCCUUCUCUUCCCUGUGUGGAGCUGCCAUCCUUCGAGGCUGCGCGAACACUGGCGCAGAACCGCUACUCCUGCUUGGUGAUCACGCCGCACCGGAGGCACAUCGCGCUGGCGCCGCGUUUCCUGCAUCGGAAGCGGACGGGAAUCUGCACGCAACUGGACGCUGAACUGCGGCGCUACUCGGAGAGUUUCCAAGGAGUUCCUGUGGCUUAUGAUGACAUUAGAAUAACAAACGAAUUGGGUGAUAUAAUUGAUGACCUGGGAGCUAUCCAUCUUGAUAUUGAAGCGAAUUUUAUUGUCUUUACACCUAAACCAGGAAAAAAACUUGUGGGUAUAAUUAAUAAAGUGGCAUCAAGCCACGUGGGCUGUCUAGUGCAUGGGUGUUUCAAUGCAUCCAUCCCAAGACCUGAUCACAUAUCAGUUGAUGAAUGGAAAAACCUUUGCUUCCAAAUAGGCGAUAGGCUCGUUUUUAAAGUAUUGUAUUUUGAUUCAGAUGCUGCUGGAGUGUUCUGCAUCCGAGGACGAUUGUGCAAAAACAGCACUGGGACAAAAAUAACACAGGAAAAAUAUGAAAACCACUGUGACAAGCAGGAUGAUGAUACGCAAGAGAUGGAAAUAACCAUAGAAACUGCUGGUAUUGUAACUGGAGAGUUGCAGAACAAGGACGCUGAGGCUGAAAUCGGUGAUAAAAACCCUGAGAAUGUGUGUGAACAAGACAGAGCAGACCUGGGAAUGCAUGCUAGUGACUCUAGUGGCUACCAUAGUGAUCGUGGCCAAUCUAAGAAAAAGAAAAGAAAACUUUAUGAUGAAGACAGUGGACUCCCUGGAUCGUCACAGUCCAAAGCUAAAAAGAAAAGAAAGGAAUGAACUAAUCCAAACGAUGUCUAAAAGUGCCUUGACUGAACUCUUCAAUUGGAUAGAUUUGAUCGGUUGGUAAGACAGGAGUAUCAUGAGUUUUAUUGGAAGGGUCCCAUUGUGGAUGCUUCACAUAAAGCACAUGGAAAUUGUGUAUUAAAACAUAAUAAAUAAUGUGAAACAAAAUAAUUUCAUCCUGUUGUCCUACAGGCGAGGAGCCAAGCCAUCAAACACCUCUUCAAACAGUUUUAGGAGAUCCGUUCUAAAACAAAUUCCAUGUCCACAAAGCAAACCUUCUUUUCCAUGGUUGUGUUUUUUAAAAUGUUAAUCUUUUUGAACGAUGAUUAUGUACCUGUAAUUCUCCCUCAUUACCAGGUCAACAAAGGUUCUGUGAUUCUCACACCUCGAAAGGAAUUAUGACAAACUAAUAUUGGCUCCAACUUGACUUGAUGCCUCUAAGCUGGGUCUGGUGAAGGAGACUGCAGAAUUUACAUCUGUCUUUUUUUUUUUUUUGGUUCCCUAAUCAAGUUAAGAUACAGCUCUAUAAAAAGAAAAAUUCAACAAAUACAUUUAAGGAAAACUGAAGGAAAGAGUAGGGAGAAGUAAAAUAUUCCAGUGUACAAAAUAAAAUUCCAUCUCGUAACAGAUAUUGGUGCUGGUCAUUGAAGCACUACAAAUUUAUAGUCGUCAUAAUUACGAUCCACGAUGAGCUAAUCAAAAAAAUUUGUCUUUCAGAAGUGGUCUAUAAGUGAGUCCUUCACUAAGGCAGCUGAAAAAUUCUUCUAUUUCCCUGUGGAAAAAGGUUACAUGUUUCAGAACAGUCAGCCAUCCAGUC